AUGCGGAAUUUAAAAGUUCGAUCUGCAGUUGUUAUCAAUACUGAGUUGUCUAAAUCCUACGGCAAAAAUGAGAAAGACACGCUGUGCUCACCACUUCCUUCUUCUAAUGAUGUAGAAGCGGUCUGUAUUAGUAUUGAAAAUAAGAUCUUUUGUGCUUGCAAAGCUGGAGUCUAUGACUUGUCAUCUACAAUGCCUCUAUUUCUGGAAUGGUCACAACAACGUAAUGGAGCCGAGCUCGUUUCUUUUGAUCAUCUUAGUGAUGAAUAUGUCUUAUGUGCUGUAUUUUCCUCAGGAGUAAUCCUAAUUUUGGAUCUCGGAAAUGGAAAUGUUGAAGAAUUUGAAUCAGUAUCGACAAAAGUGUGCUCUGCAAGUUGGGCCCCUGACUAUCAUGUUUUGUUACUCGCUUCUUCAGAUACUUUAUAUUUUAUAACACGUCAGUUCGAUAUUUUCAGUGAGCAGCCGUUGAAUUCUUCAAAAGUUGGUCGAGAAGAAUUGAUGACUCUUGGUUGGGGUUCGAAAGCAACACAAUUUCAAGGUACAGGAUCAAGAAAAUUACCGAAAAAGGAUGACUGUGAACAACCUACGGUUGUGAGUAAAUAUGAUUCACAUAAAGUAUUGUUGGUGUGGAAUGGAGAUGCCAGCUAUGUAGUUGUUAGUUAUGUGGAAUAUGAAACUAAUUUCCGUCAUUUCUGUGUUUUCGAUCACGAAGGCGAGCUUAUCAGUCGUUUGCAGUAUGCCAGUAACGUUGAAGAAGCACUUGCUUUCAAACCUACGGGAAACUUAAUCGCCAUUAGUCGGCUUAAAAAUAAUGCUCGGGAAAUUAUUUUUUAUGAGCGUAAUGGACAAAAACGUUCACAUUUUGAGCAUGGAUCACGUCAGGAAAUAUUAAUCGAGUGGAUGGGAUGGAACAAAACCGGAGAUAUAUUUUGUACGUUGACUUGGGAUUCCGAAAAUGCUGCGCAGGAAGCUCAGUUCUGGUGCGUCAGCAAUUAUGAUUGGAUGCUUAAAUAUUCCAUAGUAUCUAGUGGUAAAUUUUUGUUGGCUUGCUGGCAUGAGAAUAAUGCCAAUCAAUUUUGCUAUGUUUCGCCUAGUGGUCGAGCAGUUUUGAUUGACUUCGACUUUGUAUAUGAUUUUUGCGAUGGAAUUGUUUUAUCCAUAACAGGAAAUAAGGUCCGUGUAACUGAUUUGAAAUGUGCGCCGAUUCCACCGCCGAUGUGUCAUUAUGAACUUAAGUUUUCGAGUAGCGUAUGUGAAAUAGCACAGAACAGUGGUACUGCAGCUUUCCUAUUGGGAAAUCAUUCUCUCCUUGUCUAUAAAUUACAUCAAGGGAGGUACGAAAAAUAUGGUGAAUACGAUACAUCUAAUUUUCCGAAGGAUUGCAUCUGUUACAAUCUUUGUUUAGGCUGUUCAAAUCAACUAUCUGCUAUUGUUGUUUCCUCCUUAUAUGAUUUAUGUACUUUUAAAUUAAAAGAUAUAAAUCGUGAGAAAAGCUUCUUAUAUUCUUCGGAAAAACCAUUUAUUUGGCACUGUUGCUUCAAGGAUGGAUUUGCACUGCAAGGAAAUGAUGGCAAAUGGAUUUCAGUGAGAGAAGACAGCAGCAGCAACUAUAUGGAAACUGAUCUUUUCAUUUCAUCACCCUUACACCGCUGUCGUAUCGCUUCGGAUAGUAUUCUUGGAAUCAAUAAGAUGAGUGACCUGGUUGUAAAUGGCCACUCAAUUUUGAAAUACGUAGGAUCAUAUACGCUGGAUCAAAAUUAUCUUCUUUGCAUAACAUUUGAUUCACAAUCUGCAUCGUCGAAAUUACUGUUUAAUAACUUGGAAGAUGUUUUGACGAAUCAGAAAGCAAAUUUUAAAGCUAAUCGCUCUGUUGAAAAAGGAACGUAUUUAAUUGGCCAUGACGCCAAUGGCUCUCGAGUAUGGCUGCAAAUGCCUCGUGGUAAUUUGGAAACGAUUCAUUUGAGAGAGUUGCUAAUUAGUAAACUCCAAAAAUUGUUUGAUAGUUUAUGCUUCAAAGAAGCAGCCUUGAUGAUGAAAAAAUACCGCAUUGACAUGAAUUUAUUUUACGAUCAUAAUCCAGAAUUUUUCAUGAAACAUGUCCGGAAAUUUGUACUUGACAUUUGCUGUGCCGAAUUAUUGAAUUUAUUUGUGGCCAGUUUGAAUAAUAAGGAUGUUACGCAGUGCAUGUAUUCGGAGAUUUACAGCAAUUUUCGUACUAAAACCUUUGUAAAGCAAAAUAAUAAGAUUCAAAUUGUUUGUAACGUUCUUCGAGAGUGCAUUUUAAGUCUUGAUGAUACACUGAUUGAGAAACUCUACACUACCGUUAUAUCCACAUAUUUGAAAAGGAAGCCGCCACAAAUUUCAGAAGCACUGAUAGCGUUGUGGGAACAGUCACGAAAACUUUCCAAUAAGAAGAAUCUGGAAGAAUGGAUUUCAUAUGUUUCUUUGCUAGCUCCAAAUGAAAAUCUUUUCAAAGCAGCAUUGUCAACGUAUGAUUUGAAUAUGGCUCUUGCUGUCGCUGAAAUCUGCCAGAUGGAUCCUGGUGAUUAUUUAUCUUUGAUACUGGAUUUUCAAAAACAUUCACCUCCAGCUUACCAAAGAUAUAAGAUCGACUUGUAUUUGGGAUCAUACGUAGAAGCUAUUCGAAAUUUGUCAGAAGUGGAUAAUUGUUGGGAACAAGCUGCAGAAAUAAUUACACGACAAAAUUUAUAUUCUGAUGCGUUGAUAGCGUUUCGAGGAAAAAAAGCUUAUUUGCAAGUAUGUGAAUUAUGUGCCAACCACUUGAUGCAGAAAAGACGUUUCAAAGAAGCUGCAUUGUUGUUUAUGCGUUCAAAUAAUAUGAGUCAAGCACUGCAAUGCUAUCGUAAUGCUCAAAAUUGGGAAGAAGUUAUUGAAUGUGGACAGGCUAUGGGUAUGGAUAAGAAAGCAAUAGAUAGUUUACUCCAAACUAUGGUACCAGUUUAUGAAAAUACUGGAAAGUUUGCUGAUGUUGCUGGAAUUUUAUCGUACAUUAAUCAGGAUUCUAAUAAGGUGCAGAUAUUGGAAUAUCACUGUAAAGCAGAUGCUUGGGAUAGAGCAUUGAAAACUGCGUUUGGGAAUCAAGAACUCACAAGGAUUUUAUGCGAAAGGGCAUGUGCUCGUUGCAAACAUAUCUUGGAGGAUGUACAAAAUUGGGAAAAUUUAUUAGAGCGCUAUUCUGGUCGUUUAGAAACUGUACGACAACAGAAAAAAGAUACUGUGAAGUCUACUAUUGAACAACUUGAAAAUCAUGAUGUAUCAAUGUCUGAGGCCUUCAGUGAAGCAUCUACUUCAGUAAGUAUUACUUCGAACGCUUCAUUCGCUUCUACGGCUUCUUCCCGUCGCCGAAAGCAUGUUCAAAAAAAAAAAAAACUGUUAAAAGAAGGUAGUCAAUAUGAAGAUGCCGCGCUUUUAAAUGCUAUGAAAGACAUUAUCGCACUUAUUGACUCUUACCAAGAUGAAUUGGCUAACCUCCUGCCAACAUUGCUAACAACUGAUGCCGUUGAAGAAGCACACUGUCUGCAAACUCGAUUUCAAAUAUUAAUAAACUUUGCUCGACGAAUUGUCAGUGUAGCUUGGCCAACCUACCUCACUUCACAUUUAAUUCCAGGACCGCUCAGGGAAAUCUAUCGCGAUGAAGACGGUGCUAUUAGGAUACAAGAAAACAGUAUGCCAACCAGGAUAACUUUGGGUAUAUUUCAAUAA